AUGGGCACAUUCACGUUCAGUUAUUUCUUCAAGAAAACAAUUUGGGAACGAAAAUUGCAUUUUGUUUCUUUUUCAACUGUUUUCAUUUUAGGAUAUUGUUGGGAUCAGUCUGCAUAUGAAAGGGCAAAAUUAAUGAAAGGUCAUAGUAAACUGUUCGCUAAUCGAAUUUCGAGAAUACCAAAGGAUCAAGAUGUUUGGAAAUAUUGA